AUGUCUUCCGCCGGCCCAAUGAGCAACCAAGUCAAGCCCCUCGCGGGCAAAGUAGCCCUGAUCACCGGCGCCGGGCGCGGCAUCGGCCGGGGCAUCGCGCUGGAGCUGGGCGUGCGGGGGGCUUCCAUCAUCGUGAACUACGGGCGGAGCGCGAGCUCGGCGGAGUCGGUGGUCAAGGAGCUGGAGGGCCUGGGGACGCGGGCGGUGGCGUUGCAGGCGGACAUCUCGAAGCCGGCGGAGGUGGUCGCGCUGUUCGAGAAGGCGGUGACGCAGUUCGGCGGCAUCGACUUCGUCAUUUCCAACUCGGGCAUGGAGGUCUGGGCCGAGGAGACGGACGUGACGCCGGAGCUGUUCGACCAGGUGUUCAAUCUGAACACGCGGGGGCAGUUCUUCGUCGCGCAGCAGGGGCUCAAGCACGCGCGCGAGGGCGGCCGCAUCGUCCUCACGUCCUCGAUCGCCGCGCAGAUGGCCGGCGUGCCCAACCACGCGCUGUACGGCGGGUCCAAGGCCGCCGUGGAGGGGUUCGCCCGCGCGUUCGCCGUCGACUGCGGCAAGAAGCGCAUUACUUGCAACGCGAUCGCCCCUGGCGGCAUCCAGUCCGACAUGUUCGACGAGAAUAGCUGGCACUACGUGCCCGGCGGCUACAAGGGCAUGCCCCUCGACAAGAUCAAGGAGGGCCUCGCCAAGAUGUGUCCUCUAGGACGAGUCGGUGUCCCAGCCGACAUCGGCAAAGCGGUCUACUGCCUGGUCAGCGACGAGGGCGAAUGGAUCAACGGCCAAGUCAUCCGCGCUUCAGGCGGUGGCACUUAG